CAACAUGGGUGCAUCUACGAAAUUAACACUAUUAUUCCUAGUUAGUUUGGCUUUUUGCCUGGCUAAAGUCCAGUCAGCACAUCCAACUCCGGAAGAGGCCGAGAAUGACAUGGCCAGGUUCAUGGAGGUUCUACACCAAGAGCAGAAUUUAAAAUCCACGCGUUUUAAUGAUAUUCUAGGCAAUGCCAGGACCAUUAUCCAAUACCAGGAUGCAGGAUUCAUUGGCGUUAGGGGCAUCUUUCAGUGGAUGGCCAGUGCAAAUCCCCGCAACGAUGGCAUUUACAAUUUUAUGCAGUUUUAUACCAGCGAAUCGAGUGGCUAUGUAGGAUUGCAGAACUGGGAUAAGAGCUCCAAGUUCACGGUCCUGUUCUCCAUUUGGGAUGCAACGAGUGCCCAGCCUGGAGACGACUUCGAUUGCAGUACCUUUGGUGGCGAGGGAAUUGGUUACAAGUGCUUCAACUAUGACUUCCCGCUGAUCAGCAAUGCCAUUUACUACUUGGAUGUGGAAAUCAAUGGAUCUGACUUUAGGGGUUACAUCUCAGAGCCGCAGGAGGAUCUUGACAAUGUGACCAGUAGGCAGGUGAAGCGUCACUUGAUUGGUCAGAUCACAACGCCGCACAACAACACCAAUCUUAUACCCUUUGCUUACUACAAUGAGAACUACAGGGAUAAGGACAGCUGUUUGGAGGCCUUUGAACUGGUCACAGUCAAUCAGGCUCCUCAUCAAUAUACGAAUUAUGGUCAUGCUAGCACCUCCUUUACGGAAGCCUAUUUGUACAAUUCGGUAUGUGAAUCACAGAAUAUCCUGGUGGCCAUCACGUCGGAUAAGCAGAGUACUAUAUACUUUACCAGGCCCACUGCCUUGAAUCUGGCUAGGAAAUAGUCUAAUAUAGUCUAAUUAAAUAAUAAUAAGCAAGAACCUUAUAAUGUGAAUAAACUGAAAACCAGCUUAAA